AACCACCUCCCUCGCCGCCCUUAUCUCUUCAAGGACAGAACCGUAAUUAUAACUCCAACGGCAAAACGGACCUACAGGUCCUACACCACCUCACUGGAACCGAGACUUCAACCUUUCCCGGUUUUCCCUUUCUCUCCCUCAACGGCUCUGCUUCUCUUCGAACCAGCGACAGAGAUCUGCGAUCACUCGAACGCGCAAUUUCACAUCCCUAACCCUAAUUUCUGAUUCCCCUUCUCGAUCUCUCCGAUUCGAUUCGAUUCGAAUCGAGAGCAGCUGAAACGACGCCGCCGCGAUGGGCGAUUUCAACCUCGCGCUCGUCAUCGUUGCCAUUGUUCUCUGCAUCAUCGUCUUCGUCUUCAAUGUCUACCUGCUCGUCAAUUACCAGCACCCCGACGAUAAGAACCAGGCAUACUUCCCCAAAUUCGUCGUCGUUUUGGGGCUCUCCGUCGCCGCAAUUUCAAUACUCAUGCUGCCGGCCGACGUGGCCAACCGCCAGGCGUGUCGCCACGCGAUAUAUAAUGGCGCGUGCAAUCUCACUCUCCCGAUGAAGGAUCUGUGGCUCGCAAUCUAUAUCCUUGACGCCGUGCUCGUAUUCUUCAUCAUCCCCUUUGCUAUGUUCUACUACGAAGGAGACCAGGACAAGAGUGUUGGAAAACGGAUUGGAAGCGCUUUGUUGUGGGUAGGGGUGACUGCCAUUGUCUGCGCUCUUGUGCUCGGAAUCUUAUACGGGCUAGUUGGGAAGGUGGACUUUACUAUUAGGCACCUCUCUUCUUCCACAGCUUCCUUUAGUUCAUUUGACUUUUCUAGCAGUAAUGAAUGCAUAAAUGGCGCAAAGGCGUGCUCUGCAUAUCUUGCAAGUGAUACGUCAGAGAAAACAUGGACAAUGCGUACUACCUUUCCAGAAUAUGUCGUUGCUCUUGCUACCAUUGUUGGAUCCGUGCUUUUUACCAUAUUCGGUGGUAUUGGCAUUGCUUGUCUACCGCUGGGACUCAUAUUUUCAUUCAUCCGGCGUCCAAAGGCUGUUAUUACUCGGUCACAGUAUAUCAAGGAAGCUACUGAACUGGGCAAGAAAGCGAAAGAGUUGAAGAAAGCAGCUGAUGCGCUUCAUCAAGAAGAAAGAGGCGGCUCUAAGGGUAGAAAAUGGCGUAAAAAUGUAAAGGCAGUGGAAAAGGAGCUGCUUCAAUUAGAAGAAGAUGUAAAACUUCUAGAAGAGGUGUAUCCUCAAGGAGAGAAGGCUGAGACUGCUUGGGCUAUGACGGUUCUUGGGUACUUGGCAAAACUUGUGUUGGGAAUUUUAGGAUUGAUUGUUUCAGUGGCUUGGAUUGCUCAUAUCGUCAUAUAUCUAUUGAUUAGCCCUCCAUUUUCUCCUUUCUUGAAUGAAGUUUUCAUCAAGCUGGAUGAUGUUUGGGGUCUUUUAGGCACUGUUGCGUUUGCAUUCUUCUGCUUCUACCUCCUGCUUGCAGUUAUUGCUGGGGCCAUGAUGCUUGGGAUGAAAUUAGUUUUCAUCACAAUUCAUCCGAUGAAGUGGGGUGCUACUCUAAUGAAUUCAUUUUUAUUUAACGUGGGACUUAUACUGCUUAGCUCCAUCAGUGUGAUUCAGUUCUGCUCCACAGCGUUUGCAUACUAUGCUCAAGCAACUGCAGCACAAGAAAUAUUUGGUCACACCUUGCAAUCUCUUCGUGGAAUUAGAUAUCUGUACAAGUACAAUGUGUUCCAAAUUGCAUUUAUUGUCCUGGCGGGACUGACGUUUGUGUACUAUGCUGCUUUUGGAUGGAGAAGAAAAAAACCUAGUGGCAGGUUCCAACUUUCGUCUUAAUUUACGUUUUCCCUAGAGCAGCAUGCACCCACUUGUAGCUGUUGGAAUUCCCGGUUUUAUCAUCUCUUUUCGGUGUGUUUUCACAUUUGGAUGCAUAUGCCUAGUUUUGAUCUAAUGUUGAAAGGUUUUGGAGGAGUAGGCGGAUAUCAUCGGAGUUUGCAUUGGGUUAGUGCAGGGGGAGUAGCAUGUUCAGUGUUCUCCUGCUGCCACCGCCGAUUGUUUCCCCCCUGUUUGUAUGUAAAUUUCCUUUAUUUGACUUCUUGUGUUAUAAAUUGGUUUGGUCUUGUAAUCGUGUUAAUCCUUUGCAGACGUGGAAACUGGAUCCCUGGAACUGCCGUUGAUGUAACAUAACCACUGGGAACAAAUUAUUGUACGAGCAGCCAUUUUAGUUUCA